UGUUACACCUUUGGUAAUAAAAUACACCUAAUCUUAUAAUAUUUACUAAUUCAUUAUCUGUUUAAUAUUAAUAUAUUUAGAUUCUGAGGGACUCAUUUCUUUGCACCUGCAAUUGGAGCAAUACGACGAAGCGCUGAAGUUCCUUAUCAAGCAGAAAUCACCUCCGUUGUUCUACAAAUUUUCUUCACAACUCAUUACAAUCGCACCUCGCGAAGUGGUCAGUGCUUGGAUCGAGAUGGGUUCCUUACUAAAGCCGGCAAACCUUCUGCCCAUUCUGUUUCGAUGUGAAGACGCGACAGUCCAGGCAGGCGAAGUCGUGCGUUAUUUGGAGUUCUCCGUCAACACGUUGAAUUGUACUGACCACGCUGUACACAACUAUCUGGCGUCCCUCUAUGCCAAGUACUUUCCGGAACGCCUUCUGGACUACCUGGAAAAACAGGGAACCGAUCUGACCGACAUCUGCUUCGACCCGUCUUAUGUGUUGCGUUUGUGCAAGGAGAAGAGCCUGUUCCGUGCGUGCGUUUAUAUUUAUACGAUUUUAGGCCUUUGGGAGGAGGCAGUGAAUUUAGCGCUUUUGGUAAGUGUUAACGUUCAAUGA